CUCUGCGCCGGUCGUAAACACAGGAGAGUCUUUAAUGUAUUUUUUUGUAGCAUGGCGAAAUUAAGCUACGGGGUUGUUGCUUCGUCUGGGUGUGAUCCAGAAUUCCCAGCAAGCGAGUUAAACGUGCAUUCACCACAAACGCGUGGCUGGCAAACUUCGCGAUUCUGCGAGCAAAUUACCGAGUCCCCCCCCCUCCCUUGAGCCACGGGGUGAACACAAAGGUACCCACAAGAGGUCACAAUCGAAUUAGCUCGGCCGGCGACAAUAUCUCAGGUUCAACUGUUAAGUCAUCAGCACAAAAUAGUUGUCAUACUGAGUUAAUGACACUUCGAGAUUCAUUCUUAGGGACUGAUUAGGCAACUCGUGUUGAAAUAUUCAUCGGACCCAGAGCCGCCAACCUAGACGAUGUGCUUUGGACGCGCUUAGGCUAUCUAUCUCUGGAUCCAAAUGAACGAAGCCAGUCGCCUUUCAGUGUGUACUUCGUGUCGAUUCCCUCUUGAAAAUCAUCUAGGUAUAAAGCGAGGGAGCUGAAGUCUGUGUACGUGAAUGCGCGAGGCCAAUACCUCAAACUCAUUAUGCAUCGCUGCCAUGUAAACCAAGCCAACCUAUUCAAUCAGGUUGGCAUUAUCGCUUUGAAUGUAUUAGCGCGUUGUUGGGCUUGGCAUGGUAUAAUUGCGUAAUUUAGGUUAUUGGGCACUUCACAGAGAUCAAAAAUCUAUCUCGAGGCGCGUGUAUUUCCCACGAUGACCGUGUUGAUGACCUUGCAUUUGAUUUUAAUGUGCAGACAAAGCCAUUUUCCAUUUUCUUCUUUAUAAUUUACGAUCUAGGUCGAUCCACUGACUGCCAGGCAAAUACGAUCCCUAGUCGCAGCAAAAAGUGUUGCCAUUGAGGCUGAGGAUUUUGAAGCUGCAAAAAAGAUUAAACUAGCAGAGCAGAGAAUACAAACACUAGGCAUUAAGCUUGCCCAAAUUGAAAUCGCUAAACGCCGCGCUGUGCGAGAUGAAGACUAUGACCGCGCAAAACUUCUUAAGAAGGAGGUUUCUUCUCUGCGAAAAUGUGUCAACGAAGCUGUGGGGCAUUGUGAUAUUGACAUGCACGUUGAACAACAGCAGCUAAUGCCUCAUUUAUCUUCCAAAAACAAAGUUGCGCAAGAUUUGGUGAGGCACAGCCUAUCUAGUGAGCCGCAGCCUAUUGUUGUUGUCCCUGAAAAGUUAGAAGAACAAAAGCAACUUGGGAUGAACAAUAGUGACAGUCACUUAGGAAAAAAGUCGGGCAUCUUGAAGACACCACAGUCACCACAGUACACUGGAGGGGAGGAGCAUCGUGACCAGUCUAGUGAUGUUUUUGAACACAUUCAAGUCCGCACCACCCCCAACAUUCCUCCUUUACCACCCUCAAUAGAUUCAAUGCCGCAUUUCUCUGGGGCUCUCAGUGGCUUGCCAAAUGUUGCUGAAUUACCAGCGCCUGAAGCGUUUGCUGCUACCGACAUUGUUGCAGAUGCAGAUUUUAGUGCUAUUUCGGUAUUCCUUGGUGAAUACCGUGCUUGUUGUCUCAUGUCGAAAAAUUGGGCUUUGCGUGAAGCCGCUUUGGCCAAGACACGUCUACUUGUGAGCGAAGGCUGCUGGGGCCGAUCUGAAGAUAUGGCGCAUCUUUGCAGCAUUGCCCGACUCGGCAUUCAGGAUAAAGUUGCUCAGGUGUAUUUGACUGCCUUGGCGCUCCUUGAAGACGUGAUUCAGAAGUUUUCAUGUCAAGACUUCAAAUCCGCUGAUAUGCUUACUGCCAUGGAACCUGCCUUAGAUGCAAUUGUGUCGAAGCUAGGCGACAAUCAAGCUCGUCUCCGGGAGAAGGCUGUCGAUGCGCUUGCCUCGCCAUCUUAUUGCCGGGUCAUUGGUGCUCGUCAAAUCGCAGCAAAAGUGAUGCACUCCUUAGACAAGAAACGACCACCUCAUAAUAAGUGGCGCCCACUUGCAACACGUCUAGAACUACUCAGGCGUCUAGCUCGAGAAUAUGGCUUGAACAGAGGGGUAGCUUCUGGAAAUGGAUUGCAUGCUCUUGAUCUUGGGUCAGUGAUUGGAUUUGUUGAAAUCCAUGGAUGUGCCUCUCACACUUUUGAGGAAGUUAGAACCGCAGCUAAAGAUCUGAUCGUGGAAAUGUUCAUUGCAGCAUCUGAAUCGGAUCGACUUCAAGCACUUGAGCCUUUCCUUCAUAAAAUUCGACCGAGGCAGGCCGAGGAGUACCGAAACGCACUGACUCGAAGAUUACAAAAUAUCGUGAAUAAUGAGAUCACUCAUGAAUCUAAACCAAGAUAUGACGUAACGAUCUCGCCGCCUGAAGCAUCUGCAGCUGACUCUAUUUCAUUGAAAUCGCAGGCUGUCGGCCAUUCCUCCCAAAGUUCUGUAGACGUUUCCACGCCACCAAGUCAAAAUAUUCAAGAGAUACAGCAGACAUCCACGUCCUUGAUAUUUACUUUUACUUCACACGAUUACCUACGGGUGCAACACAGGUUAUUGCGCAGCGAAGAGGAAGAGGAGCUCUUUCGCGACCAAAUCAUGAAACAGCUCGAAGAAAGAGCCUUCUCAGUAAUUUGGAUCUGUUUGAAUAAUUUAGUGAAAUGUCGAUCACCACGCUGUGAUUGUAGGUUCAGGAAGCUUAUGCAAUCCUAAAACUACAUUUUGAUGAUGCGGUAGAGAGUCCAGCGAAGGAAAAUGUACUACGUGAUUGGGUCAAUGAGGUUUGUCCCAUAUAUGGAGUUCUCGACACUGCAGACACUCUGCACUACUAUAUAGGUCGGCAUGGAUAUGCAUGACAGAGGAGAGGAUUCUCGCGACAGAACGUUGUGGGAAGUAGCGACGUGGCUCUUCCAGUAGAUUUGGCCGUGGCACGGAGCGCUCUCUGGCGCCGCACUACAGCCCUGAAGUUGGGGUAUGUCGGGGCAUCCAGGGUAG